CUUCGAAUAUAAAUGUUUCAGUUUCCGAUCGCUAAACUUAAUCUUGUCUAAAAAUGAUAUAACUUGUGUCUCACGGCAAUGUAGAAUAAUGCUACCUAAAAUGAAGACUUGCGAUCACCAUUCCAGCUUUUCUCUCGAAGCCUUGAAUUUGUUGGACUGCGAUGAAAGAUGUCGGCAUUUUUUAGCUGCGCGAGCUCCAAAACUUAAAUGGGCUCUGAUGACAUUAGAGAGAUUAUCUGACGAAUGCAAAACAAUGACAGACCGCAAUGAUGUCGACUUCGAUAUAUCUCGAUUGCGACCUUUUUUAAAGAAUUUAUCCACGAAUUUACAGCUCGAAAUAGAUUGUCUAAGUUUACCAACAAAGGCAAAGUAUGCGUUUUUCAGAAAAGGGUUAGUAACUAUACUGCAGGAUAGUACGUUUCAAGAUUAUGUGUCAUUUCUAAAAUGUCAGUUGGCUAAAUGCACAAGCGUUGAAGAAAUUGAAAUUUGGUUGCGAAAAUUCGUAAAAGUCUGCCAGAACAUUCCAAGAUCACUGCACAUUUGUUCCAAAAACGUUCAGCAAUACAAAUUUAUGGCAGAAUUACUAGAUUUUUGCUAUAAUGUAGAUAUUCAGGACAGCCAACUAGUAAUAUCUUUGGUUAGAAUAACUGUAGACUGGUACAUUAUAGAUUCUACAGACACAAGACAUGUACGGCAACCAUUUUAUAAAGAAGGAUUUUUGAGGUACAUCUUGCAACACAGUAUAAAUCUAAGAUUUGACUUAAUUUCAUACUGUUCUAAGCACCCUCGAACUCUAUGGGAAUAUUCAAGGAACUUUUCAGUGUUAAAUGCAGCUGCAUUUGGAAAUGUAGAACGCACGCUAAUACUUUUGCAGCAUGGAGUGGAAAUCUUCACUGCGAAGGACAUUGAAAAAAGUGGACAUGGUUUUCCAAAACUAUCACAAGUCAUACCUGCGAAGCAUCUCUUGAUUUUACAGAUGAUGUGCAGUAUGAGAUGUGCAAACCUUUUCAUUCUCAGUGUUAGUCAAUCAGCUAAUAUGGGACUCUGUUCCGUGACUCAAGAUCAGAAGACUUGCUUCGAACUGUUGUGGAGGGCUAUACCAGACCCGUACGUCAAAUUCAAAGAAAUAGCAGCUUCCGUUUUUGAAGAACAUCACUUUCUCGUUCAUCAUUCCGUCAUGAACAGCAUUCGGUAUGAGAAUAAUCGCAAGUAUUUGUGUUUGUACGAAAUUUGUUUCAAAGACAUGGCCACGGGGCCUAAGGAACCAAGGACUUUAAAACACCUGAGCAGGUGCACAAUCCGAAAGAGCAUGAAGCAAGCAUGGAAACUUCCCUCAGGACUAUCACUAUUGAGAUUACCAAAAAUUCUCCAUGAUUAUCUCAAUCUUGAGUAUGACUGAUUAACGUUCUUUAGUUUUGUGUAGUGUACAUAGGUUUCAUGUGAACAAAAUUGAAAUGUUUAUGUAUCAGAGACUUCGAAGAAAUGUUGGAGUUGAAAGAUUUCAUUAUUUAAAGCUAUUUUAAGACUAAUGUUCGUAAAAUAAUGUGUUCAAACUUAAGCAUUUUAUUAUUUUCGAAGAGUUUGUUUUCAUCAAACAGAAAAUAAUUUGAUAAAUGCCAAAAUUAUGGAUAGAAUGCUAAAUAUAUUUUACUUUAUUGAAUUAAAAUGUUUAAGCAAUUAAAGUAAAUGUAUCGAAGCUAUUAAAUACUAUUUAAUAUAUUAUGGGUCUCUAAUAAAUCUUAUUAAGCUUA